CCUCCGUACGUUUGUCUUCCAGCGUCUGGGUGUCAACUGCCAAGUUGGACUCACUAAACAACAGGCCCUCGGAGUUAUUUUUUUCCUCUAAAUACUCCCUGAGAUUUUACCCCCCUCCCCCCGGUACAGGUGGAUUCUGCAUCUGCACUGGAAGAUGUCUCCUUCCACAUCCCCCAGGUUCUUUACGGAGAGGGAGGUGACCCGACACUGUAAUAAGGACUCGUGUUGGGUGCUGCUCGGGUCCCGGGUGUACGACGUGACCGCCUUCUUGCGGAUGCACCCAGGAGGGGAAGCGCUGAUCCUUAGCAGAUCGGGAAAAGACGUGAGCCGGGAGUUGGAGGGACCCCCGCAUCGACACUCGGAGAAUGCCCGACGGUGGAUGGAGCAAUACUACAUUGGAGAGUUGGACCGACACAGCGGCAAAGACGCAGACGAGCUUCAGAAUCUGCGUGAGAGAAGGAACUCCAGUAAACAGACAGAAGAAAAAAAUGCCGUGGCAACAGAGAAAGAUGACGGCCAGAAUCAUCCACUCAACCUCUGCAGCUCUGUGGACUUGGAAAACGAUUUGGUGGACUGGAGGAAGCCCUUGGCGUGGCAGGUAGGCCACUUAGGAGAGAAAUAUGAUGCCUGGGUACAUCAACCAGUUGACAGACCCAUCAGACUCUUUGGAAACUCUUUCCUUGAGGCCAGCACCAAGACUUCCUGGUACUGGGUGCCCGUGGUUUGGCUUCCUCUUGUAUUUUAUUUUAGUUGGUCCUGUUACACCAACCUGGCAAAGGGUACCACCAAAAUACCUAUCACCUCAGACUUCUCUGUCAUGCUCCAUAAGUACACUUUCCCACUGCUCUUCAUGAUGGGCUGGUUCUUGUGGUCAUUCAUGGAGUACUGCAUUCAUCGCUUUGUCUUUCACAUGAAACCACCAGCUCAUAACUACUACCUCAUCACGCUACACUUUCUCCUCCAUGGACAGCAUCACAAGUCUCCAUUCGACGGCUCUCGGCUGGUCUUUCCACCCGGGUUGGCCUCCUUUGUGGUUGUAACUUUCUACACAAUCCUCAAUAACCUGCUGCCAGAAAUGGUGGCCAUGUCCAUGUUUGUUGGGGGACUGUGUGGCUACGUCAUCUACGAUAUGAUCCACUACUACCUUCACUAUGGGUCGCCCAAGAAAGGCUCGUACAUGUACAGCUUGAAGGCCUACCACGUCAAACACCACUUUGAGCACCAGAGAGCUGGUUUUGGAAUCAGCACCGCAUUCUGGGACCACCCCUUCAACACAGUCAUCCCUGCUGAGAAAUUCUAAUCUCGAAGGUCUCCUUGAGAAGGCCAAAGUACUGAUCAAGCACCUUCCUAUUAGGUCUUAAACAAACCAGACACCCAGUUCAGCCAAAAUGGAGGCUACGGCUUUGCUUACGCAGCUCAUCCAUUCAUCUUCUCAAUAUUUUAUCUUGCCUUUACAUCCUGUCAGCAUCCCAUUCCUAUUUCAUGUGUGUAUGUGUGUGUGUGUGAGUGUUGAUGUGUGCUUUUCCUCACUGUCGCAAGGGAUCACUGCCCAAACCAAGUCACAUGCCAUUGCUGCUCUUCUAACCACACUGACCUUCCCAUGUCAGAUCACUUGCGAGUUAGACCACCAUGAGACGUAUCUGGGAGCUGAUUGAAACGCAUUACUCUGACACGUCAAGUCUUGCGGACGUCAUCCAAUCAUAAAUUACCAAGCGGGACUACAAUAAGAACAACAAAGAAUCAUAGGCUCUCAUUUUCUUCUCAUCCUCAAUACACGCGGUUCCCAAAAAUCAUCCUUCAGAGUGAGCAAAGGGAGUAAGGAAGUGAAAGGCGGUGCGUGAACGUGGGACAUGGAACGUGGUGGCGAAGGGCAGGAGGCAAACAAAGUAUGUGUAACCUGGGAUGUUCUCCCAAUGGUUGAAGAUUUGUCCAUCAGUUUGGAUCAAAUGCAAGUAAAAUGAUUCUCUUGAGUAAAAAUCUUAUUGAUAGUGUGGCCUCAAUGGAUAUGCACUGUAUUUUUCUAAGUCUUAACCCCCCCCCUCCAUUUUCUUUCUUCUUUUGUUAAUAAUGAAGCUACUACAAUGUAAAAAAAUAUAUAAAAAUAUGUUUUGCAAGAUGCUUUGUCCAGCAGAUUCUUAGAUAGUUCCAGUUGCGCAUCAUCCUGUUGAGAGCAGCGGUUUUUCCACAAAUUUAGAAAACAAUGGAUGAUGUCAAUAUACGUGCCCGAGCAAGAAUGACGUGAGGGAAUGAGGUCAGCUUGUCAGUCUUCCAGCUGUGCGGGACUUUGGGGUCAAAGCUGUCUCUUUGCAUCUUUUUUUUUUUUACAUGUCGAAUUUGGUCAUUUGAGAACAAACUCUGCAUUGAGCGACUGCUUGCAAUGACUCCACAGUUCCCAGGAGGAUGGCGAUGGACCGACCAUCUGACUGGGCAGCAGGAAGUGUUGAUAGCUGGCGGAGCCUCAAGCGUUCCCUCUGGGCACUGUUGAUAACCAAUGCAGAACAAACCAUUGACGCAUAAUAUAUUUUAAAUUCAGAGAAAAUACACUGGAAGGAAAUCCACUAGUUUGCAGAAUGACUCACAUUUUACAGAAUAGAUGCAUAACAUGGAAAAUCACAUGCAUAUUUUCUUCCUGCUUUUUUCAAGUUUUACUAUUUUAAGGAUGAAAAAUGUAAAUAUUUGUGGAAUAACAGCUUUUGCACUCUAAACCUAUUCAGUGCAGCAAUAACUAUCAAAUCUGUGAAAAUGAGGUGGCUAAAACACAAUUCAUCCAACCUGUGUUCACAGAGUUGAUUAUAUUUUCUUCAUUUGUAUUGGUAUUGUAAUAGCAAUUUUAAAAUGUUCAUGACAAAACCCUUUAUGGAUUUCAAACACAAUGUCAUGAUGAUGAGUGUACCAAUGGAGGUUGUGCACAUGUCUGUUGGAAUAAAGUAUACACAAAUCUUUA